UUUUUUUUUUGCAAAGGAGGGAAAAUUAAAUUAUUUUUGCAAAAAGAGAGAAAAAUUUUCCGGGAAAUUCAUCGUUCAUAUCCGCGAAAUCGUCUAUCGUGAUUGCUGACUGGCCGUAUAAAUCUUCCGUUCAAUCGCUCUCAAACAGAAGACGGCCUCAUUCGCUUCAAUUUCGUUUUGAUUUCCGCUUCUUUGCUGAUAACCAGAGAGAGAAGGAAGACGAGUCUGCUUAGCAAAAGCUACUCGAUCAUGGCGAAGCCUACAGUCACCAUGGAGGUCGGAAAUGAUGGCGUUGCUGUGAUCACUAUGUCGAAUCCUCCUGUAAACGCUCUAGCCGUUACCAUAAUUGCCGACUUGAAGGUGAGAUUUGACGAAGCGAUGGGGAGAAAUGAUGUGCGAGCUAUCGUUUUGACUGGCAAAGGAGGAAGGUUCUCCGGUGGAUUUGACAUCAACGUUUUUGAAAAGAUUCACAAGACUGGGGACUUAUCUGCCAUGCCCGAUGUCUCUGUUGAGCUUGUAGUCAACACAAUGGAAGAUGGCAAGAAGCCAAUUGUUGCUGCCAUCCAAGGACUUGCUUUGGGGGGAGGGUUAGAAUUGGCUUUGGGAAGCCAUGCACGUAUUGCUGCACCCAAAGCUCAACUUGGUUUACCUGAGUUGACACUUGGAGUAAUUCCAGGGUUUGGAGGCACUCAACGACUUCCCAGACUUGUAGGUCUGUCAAAAGCUGUUGAAAUGAUGCUGUUAUCUAAAUCAAUCACAUCUGAAGAAGGAAAGAAGCUAGGUCUUAUUGAUGCCAUUGUUAGUCCAAAUGAGUUGCUGAAAGUAUCUCGAAAGUGGGCUUUAGAAAUUGCUGAGAGACGCAGACCAUGGAUCCGUUCCCUUCACAGGACAGACAAAAUUGGGUCCCUGGCUGAAGCUCGGGUGGUAUUAAAAUCUGCCAGACAGCAAGCAAAAAGGAUAGCUCCUAACAUGCCACAGCACCUUGCUUGUAUUGAUGUUAUUGAAGAAGGAAUAAUUAAUGGAGGAUAUAGUGGAGUUCUAAAGGAGGCAAAAGUAUUCAAGGAACUUGUAGUAACGGACACUUCAAAGGGUCUUGUUCACGUCUUUUUUGCCCAGCGUGCAAUAUCAAAGGUACCAAAUGUAACAGAUCGUGGCCUUAAACCAAGACAAGUGAAGAAAGUUGCUGUUAUCGGGGGUGGUUUAAUGGGUUCUGGCAUAGCAACAGCUCUUAUUUUAAGCAACAUUGACGUUGUUCUCAAAGAAAUCAAUGCUGAAUAUCUUCAAAAGGGAAUAAAAAUGAUUGAAGGAAAUAUUCGAGGCUUAGUAGCGAAAGGCAAGCUGUCACAAGAUAAGGCAGACAAAGCUCUUUUGAUUCUUAAAGGUGCAUUGGAUUAUUCAGACUUCAAAGAUGUGGAUAUGGUGAUUGAGGCUGUCAUUGAGAAUGUCCCCCUUAAACAAAAAAUAUUUAGUGAACUCGAAAAAGUAUGCCCUCCCCACUGCAUAUUAGCCACAAAUACCUCUACUAUCGACCUCAAUCUAGUUGGAGAGAAAACCAGCUCCCUGGAUCGAAUCAUUGGAGCACAUUUUUUCAGCCCUGCUCACAUAAUGCCACUUCUAGAGAUUGUACGGACGGAAAUGACUUCUCCACAAGUGAUUCUUGAUCUUAUGACCGUUGGAAAACUCAUAAAGAAGGUUCCUGUUGUUGUGGGCAACUGCACUGGAUUUGCAGUCAAUCGUGCAUUUUUUCCAUAUGCUCAGGCUGCACAUCUUUUGGUCCACUUAGGUGUAGACCCAUUCAGAAUUGACCGGGUGAUCACCAGUUUUGGCCUCCCCUUGGGCCCUUUCCAGCUUCAGGAUUUAAGUGGAUAUGGAGUAGCAACUGCAGUACGGAAAGAAUUCUCCAGUUCCUUUCCUGAUCGAGUUUUCCUCUCACCAUUGAUUGACUUACUUAGGAAAAAUGGACGCGAUGGUAAAAACAACGGUCGUGGUUUCUACACUUAUGAGAAAGGAAGCAGACCAAAGCCCGACCCUUCGAUUUUACCGAUUGUUGAGGAGUCUAGGCGCAUUGUCAACCUUAUUCCGAGUGGAAAGCCUAUAGCGAUUACUGAUCAGCAAAUUUUGGAAAUGGUACUCUUUCCUGUGGUAAAUGAGGGAUGUCGUGUGGUGGAUGAAGGAGUCGUCAUUAGGCCGUCAGACCUCAAUGUUGCGGCUGUUCUUGGAAUGAGCUUUCCUUCCUACCGUGGCGGUCUCCUCUUUUGGGCAGACUUGGUUGGGCCUAAACAUGUAUAUGCAAGUCUCAAGAAAUGGUCAGAACAAUAUGGUGAUUUCUUCAAACCCUCCAAAUAUUUACAAGAAAGAGCAGCAAAAGGCAUUCCUCUGAGUAAACCCGUUUCGGAAAACGCAGCGUCGAGAUCCCGUCUCUAAGCAAAUAGUUCUGCAAAAUAAAUAUUGGCGUGGCAGUAUCAGCUUCCCUCUCUUAGACCUCAGAAAUCUCCUAUUUGCAAGAGUACCAAUAAAGGCGUUGGAAUGGUUUGCUUUGCUUUAGUGUUUCCAAAUGUAAUCUUAGGUUAGAAAUGGAAGAAUCAAUCUGUAAAAAUUGCAGCUGAUAUAGGCUGCUGCCAUUUAUAGUUAUGGAUGAUCCUUCAACUUUAGUUUGGAAUAAUAUUUCUUUUCCAUUGUCCCAUAAAAUUUCCUUCAGCUUCUAAGUCUGAAUUUGAACUUCCAACUUAAAAAAGUGAUUAAGUUGUUCUGUUA